AUGCUUAUUCUAACAUCAAACUUUUUGAAGGGUGUGUGUGACGCACUUUGCGAGGCAUGUGAUCGAUUGGACUGGAAAACCCCAACGAAAAUACAAAUUGCCGCUCUUCCUCACGCUCUUAGUGGGAGAGAUGUUAUAGGAUUAGCAGAAACCGGAUCUGGUAAGACUGCGGCAUUUGCUCUACCGAUCUUACAAUCAUUGCUCGAAACACCGCAGAAAUUAUUUGGUCUGGUACUCACGCCUACUAGAGAACUUGCGUUCCAAAUAGCACAACAAUUUGAGGCCCUUGGUGCUGGCAUUGGGCUGGUAGUUGCUGUCAUUGUUGGUGGAGUAGAUAUGACUACACAGGCCCUCGCUCUCGCGAAAAGGCCUCAUAUCAUUGUUGCUACACCAGGACGUCUGGUUGAUCACCUAGAAAAUACCAAAGGUUUCAAUCUCAAAGCACUCAAGUAUCUUGUCAUGGAUGAAGCCGAUAGGAUUCUCAACAUGGAUUUUGAGGUCGAACUGGACAAAAUUCUUAGGGUUAUUCCGAAGGACAGGCGGACAUAUUUGUUUUCUGCCACAAUGACAAAGAAGGCAAGUGUGGCGAAGCUGGAACGUGCCUCUCUAAAAGAUCCCGCUCGAGUGGAAGUGUCUACCAAAUACAAAACCGUGGAUAAACUGAGGCAGCACUACCUUUUUAUUCCAUUUAAGUACAAAGAAGCAUAUCUUGUAUAUUUGUUGAAUGAGUUAGCUGGAAACACUGCAAUUGUUUUUUGUGCAACAUGCAAUGGAGCUAUGCAGAUUGCAAUGUUGUUGAGGCAGCUCGGAAUGCAAGCGGUUCCUCUUCAUGGACAUAUGGGACAGGAAAAACGAUUGGGUUCUUUGAACAAAUUUAAAAGUAAAAUCAAAGAUAUUUUGGUGUGCACCGAUGUUGCAUCAAGAGGUCUCGAUAUUCCUCAUGUUGAUCUUGUCAUAAACUACGACGUGCCGUCUCAGUCAAAAGACUAUAUUCACAGGGUGGGUCGUACUGCUCGUGCCGGAAGAGCAGGACUUGCCUUGACUCUUGUCACGCAGUAUGACGUUGAAGUAUACCAGAAGAUUGAAGCACAUAUAGGAAGAAAGUUGACUGAAUAUCCCUGCGUAGAAAAAGAUGUUAUGUUACUGGUGGAACGAACGCAAGAAGCAAGUGAAAUGGCUGUAAAGGAGAUAAAAGAAAUGGCAGAGAGGAAGAAGAAAGGCAAAAAACGGUAG